AUGAAAGAGCUGGAAGUGCUGAUUUUGAGGUCCAACCAUCUACAUGGACCUAUUACACAGCAAGAAUUUCCUUGGUUAAAGAUCUUCGACAUAUCUAGCAAUUACUUUUCAGGGUAUCUCCCACAUGAGUUGUUUCGAGGUUUCAAGUCCAUGAUGUCAGGUACCCCGGAGCAUAAAGAUGAGUUAAUUCAAAUGGUCGGGAGGAUCGGGAUUUCGGGACUAAAUUUUCCACUGGAAGUGCUGAAAGUUCCACUCGAAGUGGAGGAAACAAUCAAGGGAGAAUAUCGUUUGUUUAAAGAAGAGGUCAAGAAGGAGUUGAUUAUCAUAGACCUAUCUAGCAAUAAUUUCACAGGCCAAAUUCCUGAAGAGAUAGGGUCCUUGACAUCUUUAUACGUAUUAAACAUUUCUAGAAACCAUCUAGUUGGCUCCAUCCCUGAAUCAUUUGGAAAGUUGCAGCAGAUGGAGUCGUUAGAUCUCUCUCACAACCAGUUAUCUGGAGUUAUACCAGAGGAGCUAUCUGUACUCACAUUUCUUGAAGUCUUGGACCUGUCAUACAAUGACUUGCAUGGGAUGAUACCUCAAGGAAACCAGCUCAGUACUUUUCCGGCAUCUUCUUUUGAAGGAAACCCCAAGCUUUGUGGACCACAGGUGAACAGAUCUUGCUCUCAUGCUGUAGGAGACGGCUCUCAUGCUGGAGCAGAUGGUCUGGUUGAGGAGGAAAACAAGCAAAUAAAAGAGAAGGGAUGGAAGUAUGGAUCAGUAGGAUUCGGUUUUGCAGUUGGGUUGGUGAUCACAACUCUCCCCUUCUUGUUCAUGAACAGAGCAGCAGAUUGGUAUCGGGAUCGAACUGACAGGAUGAUAGACUUCAUCCUUCAGUGGGUUUUCCCUUCUCGAUUUGGUAGGCGUAGGCAUUGA